UACUUCGCGGUGCAUGCUGGGAGCCAACCGACUUCUAUCCGUCAUGGCGUCCCGCGUCCUGCACCAGUGCGUCCGCUCUCUCGCCCGACCCUCGCUGCGGCUGCUCUCCGUCAACCUGACGGUGAGAGCCGCUCCGGUCCCCGCAGCAGCCGCCCUUCGACCUCUAUCCUUCGCCGCCGCCAGCCGGAGGACGCGGUGGCUCGCCCAGAGCUCAGUCUGGUCGGGUGCCCAGUGUCGACAGUACGGGGACCUGCCCCCCCUCACCCUAGAGACAAUCAAAGACCGUGUCAUGUAUGUCCUCAAGCUGUAUGACAAGAUUAACCCUGAGAAGUUGCAGACGUCAUCCCACUUCAUGAAAGAUUUGGGUCUCGACAGCCUGGACCAGGUGGAGAUCAUCAUGGCCAUGGAGGAUGAGUUUGGGUUUGAGAUUCCGGACGCAGAAGCUGAGAAGUUGAUGACUCCCUCGGAGAUUGUACAGUACAUAGCAGACAAGAAAGAUGUAUAUGAAUAAAAAUAAACUCCAGGCAAGUUUUGAGGGUUCAUAUACGAACCAAAUCUUUCCAGAAUUUGACUUUUGGUUCUUUGACACACAAUGCAACCUCCACAGGAAGAUGACACCGAAUGAUUCGUCCACGUCCUCACAGUUGGCGCUUAUCUAUUCACGGUGUUGUCGGCUUCUGCUGCCGCAGCGUCUUGCUCAAAUAAACUGUCUUCGUUGUCCCCGCCAUACAUUGUAUCAUUUUUUGAGUUGACCAAUAAAUACAUGACCUUGAUGUAAAAGUUUUACUUCACAUUAUUGAAUGACGAGUAAUGAGGUAAAUGAUUUUUUUUUUUUAAAUUUAAAAGCUAGAAUGUUAUUUAAGGCCAUAACUAGUGUAUUUGUUUUGACCAAUUUUUGACAAUUAUUCAUUCAAAAAUAUUAAAAACAAUUACAAUGUGGACAUCACACAUACCAUGCUAUACCAAAUGAUAUAUUGUGCCCCACAUGAACCAAAACAUAUUACAGAAAGUAAUACAUUUAGAGCUUGUUUACAUACAGUGGGGCAAAUAAGUAUUUAGUCA